AUGAACAUAGAUCAACGAAGACAGUACACGCGAAAAGAUCUGGAUCAGGACGAGGAAUUCUGGUUACAGCAGGAUUCUCUAGCCAUAGAUCUGCGACAGAUGCCUCCUGCGCGACGGAAUUUUCUGCCAGACGAGAUGUCUAAUAGUUCAUCACAAGCGUCAUCAACAGUGAUACAUCCAGGCUACCAGGCGGAAGCAAAGCGGACCGUUGAGGAUCUGAAACAAGCAGUUUCUGCUACCUUGAAUACAGACCAGAUGUUCGCGGAUACAUUGAAGGCCCUGCAGAAUGAGUGUGGCGAGACGAGCGACGAUGCGGAAGAGGUGGCAGAGGCUGUUCAGAAUAUACCAGAAGAGGAUGAUUACAACGAUUACAUGGAGGGGAUGUUGCCAUCGCCACCUUCUUCUCCUCCACGAGAACUGGAUCCUGAUAAGCUAUACGCGCUAUACGACUUCAGCGGGCCCGACCCAUCGCACCUGGAACUGUCUAAAGAUGACUCCGUGCUCCUGCUUAAUGAUUCCGACAGCUACUGGUGGUUGGUGAAACGAAGUUCUAAUAAUCAAGUUGGAUUUGCGCCCGCAGAAGUGUUGGAGACGUUUGAAGAGCGUCUUGCCAGACUUAAUUGCUGGAAAAAUGAGGUCAUCGAAAGAGAGGAUACAACGUGCCUGUCGGUUGACGAUCUGAAAGAGUUUGAGCUGAACUCGCAAAAGGUUUACUCUGGUUCCAAUUUGACACUAUACGAGAACCAGAAUGAUAGCAGCAAGAGCGAUAACUCGUUGCUGGGCCGCAAAAGCUCGCUCAAACGUAGCAAAUCGUCCAUGCGCAAGACCGUGUCCUUCGUUCCAGAAAUUCUUUCCGAGCUGAAAGAGGUCGACGAUACCAAGUCCGAGCCUGGGAGCGAUACGCAGCCUCAGCCUGUCCCCUUGACAGUCAAAAAACGAGUCAGCAAUUCGAAUUUCUUGGUGAAAAACCUCGAUGAUUACCAAGAACAUCGCAGGUUUUCGUUCCAGGAGAAAAGGCCUGACGAUGUCGACGACGACGGAACCAGCAUAUCAUCCGUUGACUCCGACCUCUACGGGGGUUUCAUUGAUGAUAAACAGUCGGAUCAAGAAGAGCGUACCGAGUCUGCUGCUUCCUUUUCACCCACUACCUCGACGACAGAGGUUGAUAAUUCUACUACUACAUUUGAUGAGACUGCGCAGUCGACAAAGAAGCAGUUCAGAACGCUGUCGUUUCAGGAGCAGCGAACACUUUUUUUGGAAAAGAAAGAUAGCAAGCUAUCUCAGAGAGAGGCUUCCAAUGACUCUACGACAUCAAGCUUAUCGCAACGCAAAAACUUGUCAAGUGUUUCUUCCGAUCCUUUAGCACCGCAAGCAUCCCAGACUGAUCUUCUUAGAUCCAAACCAUUGCAUCCUGUGGCUAGUGAGCUGUUCAAUCCUCUUUUCGACCAACUGGAGGUCCUGGAAAAUAUGCUGAACGAUUUUAUAAUAACUGAUGAGCUCGAUGUAAAAUAA